GAAACGGAAGACAGUGUCGUGACUUCCGCUCUCUGUUCUGAAGCGGCCAUUUUGUGUGUUUUUCAAAGGGCAUCCGUUUUCAAAGGCCCGCCUUCACGUAAAGAUAAGAAUGGAAACUAAUGAUGUUAUAACAUUUCAUCAAUGUGUUGUAUGUGAUGACAUUUUUCAACAACUUGAUGCUUUAGAAAAACACAAUAAAAUACAUGUUAAAGAAGAGAAAACUGAUGAUGUUGAUGGAUAUUGUCAUGUUAAAGAAGAGAAAACUGAUGAUGUAGAUGAAUAUUGUCAUGUUAAAGAAGAGAAAACUGACGAUGACAAUGUUGAAAACGGUUUAGAAGCAGAUGAGUUGGUUUCAUUUAACGAAAGCCAGUCAUUUAAGAAACACAUGAGAACUCAUAUAGGGGGAAAACCUUAUAAAUGUGAUGUUUGUAGUAAAUCAUUUUCAAAGAGUAGUAAUCUAGUGACACAUAUGAGAAUUCAUACAAGUGGAAAACCUUAUAAAUGUAAUUUUUGUGGUAAAUCAUUUAGUGUGAAUUGUACUUUAAAACUACACUUGAGGAUUCAUACAGGGGAAAAAACUCAAAAAUGUGAUGUUUGUAGUAAAUCAUUCAUUAGUAGUAGUCACAUCAAGAGACACAUGAGAAUUCAUACUGGUGAAACACCUUAUAAAUGUGAUGUUUGUGAUAAAUCUUUUACUAUUUAUGGUAACUUACAGAGGCAUAUGAGAACUCAUAUGGGGGGAAAACCUUUUGAGUGUGGUUUUUGUGGUAAAUCGUUCAGUGUGAAUGGUAAUUUACAGAGACACAGGAGAACUCAUACAGGUGAAAAACAUUAUAAAUGUGAUGUUUGUAGUAAAUCAUUUGGCGAAAAUCAUUUACUUGCACACAUUACCACCCAUAGUGGAGGAAAACCUUAUAAAUGUGAUGUUUGUGGUAAAUCAUUUCUUAAUGAUGGUGGCCUACAAAACCACAAAAGAAUUCAUACUGAAGAAACACCUUAUAAAUGUGAUGUUUGUGGUAAAUCAUUUAGUCAAAUUGGUCAUUUACAGGUUCACGUUAGAACUCAUUCUGGUGACAAGCCAUAUAAAUGUGAUGUUUGUAGUAAAUCAUUCACCAGGAAUGGUUGUUUGCAAAGACACAUGAGAAUUCAUACAUGUGUAAAACCAUAUAAAUGUGAUGUUUGUAGUAAAUCAUUUGGUCGGGCUCAUCAUUUACAAGAUCACAUAAAAACUCAUACUCAGGCCUGGAAAUAUCAAUGUAAUGCUUGUGGUAAACCGUUUAGUGUGAAUUGUAAUUUAAAGAGACACAUGAGAAUUCAUACAGGGGAAAUAUCUUAUAAAUGUUAUGUUUGUAAUAAAUCAUUUGGUCAAACUCAUCAUUUACAGGUACACAUAAGAACUCAUACUUAGGCCUGGAAAUAACGGUUUUAGAUGUACAUGUACCUGAUAAAAUGUCAGUCACUAAUAAAAGAUCACCUGACAUUUUCAACUUAAUAUUAAUAAUAUCAAUAAAAAAAAGACAAAUCAGUGCCGGACAAAAUGACAGGCACCAGAGGUUUAGUGACGGACAAAACCUGAAUCUGUGCCUGACAUUGUCUAUAACAGGUGCCUUAUUUGCAGGCUUGCUCAUACUGGAUAGAAAACCCUAUAAAUGAUGUGAUAUUUUUUAGUAAAUAAUUUUAUAAAAAUAAUUGUCUACAUGGUAAUCUGUACUGGAGAAAAUUUUUAUAAAAGUGAUGUUUGUAAUAAAUCAUCUUGUCACAAUCUGGAAUACAUAAAUACGUCACAAUACAUGUACACUGUGAUGUUUGUGAUAAAUCAUCUCAUCAAAAUCUGGAAUACAUAAAAACUUACACUUGUGAAAAACCUUAUUAAUGUGUUUUUUGGGGGCUUGUGUUAGAGAUUGAAUUAUUUCUUAAUACAAAAUUUAUGGAAAUACCUUGUUGAAUAUUGUUGGUCUACCCCAUUGAAAUGAAAUGGGGUUUAACGUCCUACUGUUCCUAUAAUAAACUGCAAGUUGAUUUAAUCAUUUAAAACAUCCAAAGAGAGAGAGAGAAAUGGGGUUUAACGUCCACUCGACACAAACUAGGUCAUUUUGGGACUAACACAUGGUUCAAUUUUAUUUCAAUAAUUUGCUUGUGCGUAGGGGUCUUUUAGCGGUGGGAGGAAACCGGAGGACCCGGAGAAAAACCACGAGGUUGGACAGGCGACCCUACUCCUUGUCACGUAGAACCGGGGAAUCAAAACCAGCCUUGUAUCUUUGUUGUAUUAUUUUCAAUCAAACAGCUUCACAUAAAGAUACAUUGCUAUAAGUUAUGGUGAGUAUAUUUGGAUAUAAAUUUUAUAAAAGCAAUAUUCGGAACAGUCUCUUGUCUUUCCAGCAAUAUAAAUACAAAUAACGCUCUAACCCUAUCACUGGUCUACACCUACUGUCUGUUCCAGGUAACACUCUAACCCUGUCACUGGUCUACACCUAGGUUGGAGUCCUUGUCUUUAAAUCACAAAAUACGAAGUGGAAAUAGUCUUGGAUUAUUUAAUCUGUAAUCAACGGUACAAAGCCAGAGGGGUCAAAACCAAAAGUACGACACAGAUGUCAGUAGCGCGUGUGUCCUCCACGGGCUCUUACGCACGCUGUGCAGCGACGUCGCAUGGAAUUUACCAAUGUUUGAAAGAAGGCCUGGGGCAUAUUGUUCCAUUCUUGGACAAGAGCAGCUUCUAAAGCAGCAAUGGUGUGCAUCUGUGGUCUCCGAUACAGACGGCGUCCAAUCUCAUCCCAGACAUGUUCUAUCGGUGCCAUGUCCGGAGACAUGGCUGGCCAGUCCAAGACAUUGAUGUUGUUAGCAGCCAGGUAGUCCAUACUAAAACGGGCAGUAUGCGGACGUGCAUUAUCCUGUUGGAAGUGCUGAAGUUGUGGGUGCGCUUGAAACAUCGGAACAACAAUUGGUUGCAAGACAUCAUCACGGUAGGCUACAGCAUUAACGCGACCCCUGCAAAUGUGUAGGGCGGUCCGGUGAUGAAAUGUGAAGCCUCCCCACACCAUUACACUUCCCCCACCCCAUCGAUUCGUUUCGAAGACGCAGCAGUCUGCAAAACAUUCCCCAAGACGUCUCCACAGCGUGAUAAAGAUGAAAGCGACUCUCAUCACUGAAGAGCACACUUUGCCAGUCUACUCUUCUCCAUGUCUGGUGUCCUUGGGCCCAUCACUGACGGUGAUGAUCCCUGAGGAUAGCUCCAACAUAAGGUUGUUGUGCACGGAGUCCUACUUCUCUUAGACGACGUCUUACGGUGUUGGCACUUACUGGUCCUUGUCUUCCCACGACAGCUGCACCUGUUCGUGGCACUGGGCGGAAUCUGACACGCAGAUGAGUGACCCGGAUGUAGCGGUCUUGAGUCUGGGUUGUAACGCAUUGUGGACCAGGACGUUGACGGUCACGUGUUGAUCCAGUAACUCGAACACGUUCCACCAACCUUACAAUAGUGGACUGAUGACAAUUGAAGUGUCUGGCAAUAGCACGUGUAGACAUGCCAGCCCUGGACAUUCCCCUAAGCUGGGAGAUUUUCUAUUAAAUAAUCAACCAGAGUGGAUUAAUCUGUGAGGAUUUUCAUAUUCUCCGACAAAUUACAAAACUAGCAUCGUUACAUUAAUUGUGAAUAAUUCGUUUUGGGUAAAUCCAAAUCCCUUUUCAAUAUACAACCAUCAUUCAGUACUUCCGGAAAGGAAGGGAAAACUUCUAACAAAGGAACGAUAGACUAUUGUUUAAUCCGACGUUCUCUAGACUCGCAAGUUCAGAACCAAAUCAGACAAUUUUUAUCUUGUUUUUUUUUCUUUUUUUCAAGUCUAAUGUUUGAAUCAAAUUUGUUGCUAACAAUAGCCUUAUAAUGGAAAUUAAUGUUGUACUUGUGAGGGAACUCGAAGAAGUGAAAUCUGUUUUAGAACAUGGUAAAAAAUGGGAGACAAGUUUCAAGAAGAACAGGGAAGGAAAACCAUAUCAAUGUGAUGUUUGUAAUAAAUCAUUUAUUACGAAUAGUCAUCUGAAGAGACACAUGAGAAUUCAUACAGACAAAAAACCUUAUAAAUGUGAUGUUUGUAGUAAAUCAUUUACUGAACGAGGUAGUCUAAGGAAACACAUGAGAAUUCAUACGGGUGAAAAACCCUAUAAAUGUGAUGUUUG